AUAUCUUCCAUACAAGAAGAUAACGAAACCCAGGCGUUUUUACGACACUGCCGGAAAACAAACUGUAUUUUCGUUCCAACAUGGCGGCCUCCAUGGUGACACCGAGUGGUGCUACACUACUGAGUCGUUUGUUUGGACAAAUUCCUGCAAGGGUUCUCGCACCGUUCUCUCAGACAUCGUGUCUUCACACCAGCACAGCGUUAAACAACAAGAACUGGGAGAAGAAAAAUCGCAUCUUAUACCCACCUCAGGAGAAGGAUGAGCCGCGGAGACUCGCCGAGGUCUUUCAUUGCAGACGUCAGAUUAAGUACAGCAAGGAUAAGAUGUGGUACCUGGCCAAGUUGAUCAGAGGCAUGACCAUCGACCAGGCGCUGGCUCAGCUCGAGUUUAACGACAAGAAAGGAGCCAAAAUAAUAAAAGAGGUCCUUUUGGAAGCUCAGGAAAUGGCAGUGAAGAACCACAACGUUGAAUAUAAAUCCAAUUUGUAUGUGGCCGAGUCUUUCUCGGGUAAAGGCCAGUACCUGAAACGCAUCCGCUACCACGGCCGCGGCAUGUUCGGCAUCAUGGACAAGGUAUACUGCCAUUACUUUGUGAAGCUGGUGGAGGGCGCGCCUCCCGCGGUGGAGCAGAGGACGCCGUUUGACGAGGCCAAGGAGUACGUGGAAGAGCUGAAGAACCGCACCAUCAUCCACUCGCUCUGAAUCCAUGCAAGAACUCGUCUGUUUGUGUAAAUAGUAUCCGAAUAAAAUGAUUAAAAAUGUCUGAAAUUUAGUGAA